AUGAGAGGAAACGAACCAAGUGAAAUGAAACAACUGGAUAUCCAAAACGGUGGAAGUUCAACAUCGGCAUACUCGCGUUUGGCCUUUGAGACUUCCAGAGACUCAGUGGCAUUUAACUCUGUCGAAGUCUCCACUUCCCACAACGAUUCAAAUCACCACAGUUUAAACACAUGCCACCUUUUCGAAUCUUCCGACUCCUCCUCUGGCUCCUCUGGCUCCUCUGUCUCAUCAGCUAGAAAAGAAACAUACUACAGCCUUUCGAAAACCUUUCCAGAAGCUUUGCCCAGCAGUGAUAGCCUUGAUCGCGCAGUGCGGAAGUAUGGUUUCUUGCCGUGGAGACAGCUAGUAUCAAAAUUGUCUUCGAAAAUAAUCAAAGAAUCGGUGCCAGCAUGGUUCUUCGGCAUUCUCGGAGGCUUUGUAGUUGCUCUACUGGUCCUUUGCGCAAAUGUUUCCGUUCUAGUGUGGGUUCGAACCCGAUUCAAGGUUGUCCACGGCACUGCUGCUGUAUUUACUGGAUCUUGUUCUAGGGCAUCCACUAUCACAACCUGGGUCGAAUUGGCUAUCAAUGUUCUGUCCACUGUUCUGCUGGCAGCCAACUGUAACUGCUCUCAGCUACUUGUCUCGCUCACAAGAAGCGAAAUUGAAAAGGCUCAUCUUCAUGGACGUUGGGUUCAUGUUGGCGUGGCGAGUCUGAGAAACUUUGGCUAUAAUUCCGUCGUUUUCUCCUCUUCGUACACCGCGGACUUUAUCACCGCUCUUGUUACAGAAUCUUUUGAACGUGGAGCUUGGUGGAACGAGACUUAUGCCCUUGCAUCCUUUGCGGCCAAUUCGAGUCAAUAUGGAGAUGUUCCUAAAGACGGCAACAGCGCACAGAUCCCAGUGACUACCUUGAAAUCAUUGCAAAGCAGCAUACACAAUUUUACGAAGCUAGAGAAUGAUGAAUGCGAGGAUACUUUUGGAAGUCGGAGCUUGAAUCUACCUUAUCUGAACGUUCUUCUCGUCACUAACUACACUACCAACAACUCCUUUGUCGAUGGAUCGAUUCAUUAUCCGGAGCGAGGUAUGAAUGACAUACCAUGGUUCAAUGCUACAGGCAAACCUCUUCCGCCAUCAUACGCAGCGUGGACCUCAGUCAACAUGUUUGAUGUUCCUGUGCCACCACAUGACCCGAAUCCUUACACGUACUCUCACGGGGAGUAUUGGAAUUUGCCAGUUUCUAAGUGCAAUACUACAACCUGCUUCGCCGAACCAGCAUGGAUUCAAUACUGCUUAGCCCAACCAGUAGCAGAUCUUCAGACGAGGUGCACUAUUAGCGUCAGUACGAAUCUUCUCGUGGCGGUCAUUGUUUGCAAUUGCAUCAAAGCAAUUUGCUUAGCGAUAUUUCUUGCUCCAGACUUUCAUCCUCUUGCUACUGUUGGCGAUGCUAUCGAGUCUUUUAUGAACCGCCCCGAUCCACUCACUUUGAAUUGUGGUCCAGUGUCAAUGUUUCAGCUAUUGCAAAUCUCAUCCAACGACGCUGGCAUGUUUGGAACUAUUGGUGGGCGUGAUUCUUUUACAAGUUUCAAGGAUUUCUUCAGGAAGCAGAAAUACUUGAGCUUAGACAUAGAAGCUAUCUCCAGCACAGCUCGCGUGUGGGGACACAACCCAAGAACGUGGUCAAGUUCAUUGAGCUCACCGUUCCCUCAUUAUGCACUACUUUUCUGCGGUGCGGUAUAUGUGAUGAUACUUUCUAUUUCGGUGAAGAACUGGGGAGGUGGCCUAUUCUGGUCUCGCAGUAAGACAUUAUCAGGCUAUCACAGCGCCUUCGCGACCUCAUUCCUCCAGCCUUUGACAACCAACGCCCUCCUGAUCAACGCCCCACAGCUUGCAGUAUCUAUAGCCUACAUGCUGUAUACCACUAUGCUUACCACCAUAGGCGUAUACCUGACCAACGUCCAGGUCUACAACAUAGCAGGCCAAGAAGUUCCCAGUCGACAUCGUCUUUCAUACGAUACUAGCGGGCUGCCGUUGUUGUUCGCAUUCCUUCUGGGAACAUGUUUCGUGGCCCUCUUUGCUGUCUUCAUGAGACGAAAAUUCGGAACCGGUAUGCCGAUUAUUGGGACUUGUAGUCUGGCAAUUACGAAGUUAGUGCAGCUUGUCACCCUGUAG